UGGUGGUUUCAUGAAGGUAGCAGCUGGAAUACAGGAGCACAGUUGACUUUCUGAUUAGAAACAGAAGGAUUCAGUCAUGUUACUGACAGGCGCUGGAUGCAUGCUAGUGGCUUUGAUCCUGUACAUUUCAGGGGUGAAUGGAGAAGGAAAAAGCAUCUGCGUUUUAAGAGGUUCUUCAGUGGAUCUGCCCUGCCCAGCUCAAACUUACUCUUCAACUAGGAAGUGGUACACUAUACAACGUGACGGUGACAGAUCUGUUCAGAAAGAGCUCUUUGCAGAUGAAACUCAUGUGAGAUUCAACACGUCUAACAAAGGUCUCCCCACUCUAACGAUCAAUUAUGUGAGUGAGAAAGAUGCAAAAGUUUACUGCUGCAGCAGCAACAAGAAUGAACCAGACGCCUGCAACCAGAGAACAGUUCAGCUCAUUGUUUCAGACCUGCAGGUAAAGGUGAUUCCUGCCACAGAGGGACAGACAGUGAUGCUGAUGUGUAGCACCAGUUGUCCUCUGACUGAAAACCCUGCAGCCUACAUCUGGUACAAGAACAGAGAGUUUCUCAGUGAGGACUGGUCUCCCUGGUACCAAGAGCUGGUCAGCAGUGAGGAAGCAGUCACAUACUCCUGUGCUGUCAAAGGCUACGAGGAUCUCAGAGCCCCUGAAGUCUCAGUGGAUUCAGUCACUCCGACCUGCUUCAGUGUGACCUACGCUGAAGGGAGAAUGUGUUCUCAUAACCAGACGUCAGUAGCUGAGUCCUGCUCCAUCACAUAUCCCAGAGCUUACGAAGUAAAUGUUCGAAGAAUUUCAAAUGAGUCAUCAGUUGCAGUGUCCUGUACCACCAGCUGUCCAAUGUCUGACCUUCAGACCGACUAUAGGUGGUACCAGAACCGACAGCUCAGUAAUACAAGAAAGAGUCAAGAGUUUUCAGUAUCUCCUACAAAAGGUUUAUCCUGUGCUGUAAAAGAUCAAGACCAUCUGCUGUCUCCUGAAGUCUGUCCAGAUGAGGAGAACUGUUGGACUGUGAAUUAUAUCAGCAGGAGAAUCUGUGCUCUGAAAGGAUCUUCAGUGAACAUUUCCAGUAAAUACUCUCAUCCCCACAAGAAGAAGCCUAAGUCUAAAUCAUGGUAUAAAGUAGAAACAAGUGGUGAGCAGCUGAUUGAGGAUGCCGGUCGUGUGGUGUUUCAUGACAACAUGAAGAACCAACACGUCCUGACAAUUAAAAACCUGAAGAAGGAGGACUCAGCAGAAUACAAAUUCAGACUCCAGGGAGAUGAUGAAGAAAGGAAACGUGAUGAUGUUCCUGGAGUCACUUUGGUUGUGACAGUUUUCAUUCGACAGAAGACAAACUCAGAGUUAUGA